AACGUUAACCCAGUGUCGUUCGUUUCCGGACACAGUUUGACGAAUUUUCCAAACGAGGUACGACGCGGCGUUCGCGUUUCUCUCUUCUACACCCCUUUUUAUUAUUUCUUUUCUCGCUGAUUCUAUUCGCGCUCCCUCUCUCUCUCUUUCCUCGAACUCGUUCUCUGAUGAUGAGGCAACGCUCUCGUUCCCACCACUCUCCUCGCUCAAUCCCCACCGUCCGAUGAGGAUCAGGUUCUCCAACGCAGCGACUGUAGCCGCCGAGUCCAUCCUCGUCGUCGUCGUCGUCGUCGUCCUCGCGCCCUCCCCCUCCCAUGCCCUCGGCUCCGCCUCCACCCUCGCCAUCGCCUACGGCUCCGCCACGGUUUGCGGGGCGGAGCCGCUGUCGCCCAACUUGUCCUUCGACUCAGUCUCCGGCGGCCGCGACUUCCUCUGCGGGCUGAGGUCCGGCGGCGCCGCCUUCUUCUGCUGGAACGGCGUCGGCGGUGGCGGCGCGGGGCCGCCGCGGCCGAAGCGGGUCUACAACGGCCCCGACGCCCUCGCUGGCCUCGCCGUGGGCGUGGACCAGAUCGCGGCCGUGGAUCGCAACGCCUCGCGCAUCGAAUGGUGGAGGGGCGGCGCCCAGUUCCCCCGCUCCGUCCCGGGCUCGUACCGCUCCCUCACCUCCGGGGACGGCUUCUCCUGCGCGAUCGCGGGCAACGGCACAGUGGGCUGCUGGGGACCGCGCGGCGGCGCCAUCCAAGCCCUCUUCUCCAACCUCUCCAUGGCGAGCAUCGUCGCGGGGGACUCCCACGUGUGCGGCGUGGACGCCGCGGGGUUCCUCCUCUGCAGGGGGAGCAACGCCUCGGGCCAAUCCGACCCGCCCCGGGGAUCCGCGUUCGAGUUCUCGGGGCUCGCGCUCGGCUCCAACCACACCUGCGCGCUUCGGCGCCCCAACAACACCGUCCUCUGCUGGGGCGGCUUCGGCGGCGGCCCCGCCGCGAACAACCACACCCCGGCGAACGCCACCGAGUUCGCGCUCGUCGUCGCGGGGGGCAACCUCACCUGCGGCGUCACCACGUCCAACUUUUCAGUCGUGUGCUGGCGAUCCGAUUGGCGCAAUUCGUCGGUCACCACUCUCCCUUUGCCUACGAUUCUUCCGGGUAUUUGUGCGGCGCAACAGAGCGAUUGCAAUUGCGGGAUUUAUCCCGACUCCGGCCCCCUCUGUUCGGGCUCUGGGGUUGUAUGCAAUCAGUGCGGCAGCGGUCAGCCGACGAUUGCGGCCGCGAGCCGGAGCGGUGGCGGCGCCAAUGCAGCUGAAUCAGCCGGCGCAGGGGCAGGGGCAGGCGUGGCGAGCCCGUUCACGUCGCCGUCGGGGUCGAAGUCCCGCAUAUUCAGGCGGCAGGGCUCCCGAGUGAUGCGGCGGCAGCGGAGCGGGCCGUCGUCGUUCAAGGACCACCGGGCCGAGGAAUUCACCUUCCCGGAGCUGGCGGCCGCGACCAAGAACUUCUCGAUGGAGACGAAGAUCGGCGCGGGGAGCUUCGGGACGGUGUACAAGGGGAAGCUCCCCGACGGGCGGGAGGUGGCGAUCAAGCGGAGCGAGUCGGGCCCGCGGAGCAAGAAGUUCCAGGAGAAGGAGAGCGCGUUCCAAUCCGAGCUCGCCUUCCUCUCGCGGCUCCACCACAAACACCUGGUGGGGCUGCUCGGCUACUGCGAGGAGAAGGAGGAGCGCCUCCUCGUCUACGAGUUCAUGAAGAACGGCGCGCUCUACGACCACCUGCAUUCCAAGGACGCGAGCGCCGCAUUGGCGAAUUCCGUGGUGCGGAGCUCGUGGAAGGUGAGGAUCAAGGUGCUGCUCGACGCCUCCCGGGGCAUCGAGUACCUGCACAACUACGCGGUGCCGCCGAUCAUCCACCGGGACAUCAAAUCCUCCAACAUAUUGCUCGACUCCAAUUGGGUCGCGAGGGUCUCCGAUUUCGGCCUCUCGCUGAUGGGCCCCGACUCGGAGGGCGGCCACCUCUCCAUGAAAGCCGCGGGGACGGUCGGCUACAUGGACCCGGAGUACUACGGCCUGCAGCACCUCACGGUGAAGAGCGACGUUUACGGCUUCGGAGUGGUCAUGCUCGAGGUGCUGACCGGCAGGCGGGCGAUAUUCAAAGACGAAGGCGGGAACCCGGUGAGCGUGGUGGACUUCGCGGUGCCGAGCAUUGUGGCCGGCAAUGUGAGGAGCCUGCUCGACGAAAGGCCCGGCCCGCUGGGGCCGCACGAGGCCGAGGCCGUCGAGCUCGUCGCAUACACGGCGGUGCACUGCGUCAGCCUCGAAGGCCGGGAGCGGCCCGCCAUGACCGACGUCGUCGCCAACCUCGAGACCGCGGUGGCGCUGUUGGAGAACAGCCAUGGGAGUAUCUCCAGUGCCAGUAUCUCCCUCGCUUCUGUCGAUUGAAAUUCAAAUUGAGAAAUUUAAAUUCAAAUUCAAAUUCGGAAAUCAAAUCAAAUUUUUUUUGUUCUGAGGAAAAGAUAGGAUUGAACUUUUGUUGAACUUUUGUUUUUUUUUUCGGCUUUGGGUUCGUUUUUUUUCCCUUUGUGCCCCUUUUGAACACAUUGACGGGUUCGUUGUUGACGCCUUGUAAAUGGAUUUUUCUAACAUGAAGUUUAUUAGAAUUCUCUCUUAAUCCAUCAUUAUUAAUUUAA